GAGCGGCGCCGCCCGCCGGCUGCAGGCGCGGCUGAAGCCGGGCGUACCCCGCCUCCUCGCCUUGGGUUCCCCCAAAGAAGGCGGGCGAGCAGCGUGCAGCCGCGCCGUGCCUCCUUGCGCGUCGGUUCCCGAAAUAGGGCCUGCCCACCCCCAGCCGCCCGCGCCCCUCCCGUGGGCUGGGCGCGCCCUCUGCACACAGCGGCCCCGCCGCGGCGCCCAGACUGUGUAGCAUCCCUGCCCCGGUCCCCGGCCCCUGCUCUGUCGCCCGCCGCCGGAGCGGUGACCGCCCGUCCCGCCGUUCCUCCGCUGCCACCGCUGCCGGCACCAUGGGCAGCGAGCAGAGCUCCGAGGCCGAGAGCCGACCCAACGAUCUGAACUCCUCAGUGACCCCUUCUCCAGCUAAGCACAGAGCCAAGAUGGAUGAUAUUGUGGUUGUGGCCCAGGGCUCCCAGGCCUCACGGAACGUCAGCAACGAUCCCGAUGUCAUCAAGUUGCAAGAGAUUCCAACCUUCCAGCCGCUUUUGAAAGGGCUGUUGAGUGGCCAGACUUCCCCCACAAAUGCCAAAUUGGAGAAGCUGGAUUCUCAUCAGGUGUUGCAGCUCUGCCUCAGGUACCAGGAUCACCUCCACCAGUGUGCAGAGGCCGUGGCUUUUGAUCAGAACGCUUUGGUUAAACGAAUCAAAGAGAUGGAUCUGUCUGUGGAAACUCUCUUUAGCUUCAUGCAAGAGCGCCAGAAAAGAUAUGCCAAAUAUGCAGAGCAGAUCCAGAAAGUCAAUGAAAUGUCCGCCAUCCUCCGCCGCAUACAGAUGGGCAUUGACCAGACGGUGCCCCUGAUGGAGCGGCUCAACAGCCUGCUGCCGGAGGGCGAGAGGCUGGAGCCCUUCAGCAUGAAGCCGGACCGAGAGCCCCAGCUGUAGAGCUGCUGCUCCCCUCCUGCCGGGCAGGGGUUCUGGGACAGAGCCCGGCACCGCCAAUACCCUGAGGACAUUGGGAACCAAAGUCAUGUGAUGUGACCAGCGCUCGAAGCUGGUUGGAGGUUUUGCUUGUCCCUGAAGCAGAGGUGAAGCGGUCCAGCUGGCCUGAAAAUCUGACUUUGUCCUCCCCCUUUCCUCGGUGUCCUCCCUGUGCAGAGCGAACCACACUGGUUCUCAGUGAUCACCGAAGUUGGAGCGUUCGAAUUACUAAGAUGUCGUUACAGAACUCUGCAUCGGGAAUUAUUUUUAUUUUGUUUAGUUUUUUUUUUAAAUUGAAAGUAUAUAUUAUCUAGUCUUGCUUAUGGAGUGAAAAUAUGCAGAGAAGGGGAGAAAUAUUUUAAGCAGCUCUGUGUCCUCGAUGCCUUUAUGAAAUUUUACUCAAUAGGCUGUCUGAGUUACGGGUUUACUGUAAACAUAAAGAACUAAUUUAAUCCA